CUUCGCGCUGGAAAUCGGUUGGACACAACAGCCAAGCCAGCUGAGUCGCCUUGCCCAUUACCGCCAAUGUAGAUUCAUUCCCGGCGACUUGGCUUACCAUAUCCGACGAUUGAGAACCGUUUCCUCCAAUGUCGGCCGCGUACCGCACAGCACCCCCAAUCGCCACCCUCCAUGAUACGUUCGCGCAACCAGUCAGCGCCCUUUGCUUUGAUCCAGUGUCAGACAGUAUCUGGGCCGGGACAGAGACAGGGACGGUUGUUGCCCUUCACUCGAUCCAAGGGAUCCGGGGCGUGUCUUUCCCCGUAGGCGGUGGUCACCCCGUCCGGCACAUCUCAGUCGGGAACAACUUCGUUCGGGCAUAUGGCGUAGCAGGAGUCGGCGUGGGCUCUUGGGCGAAAGGCGGAAUGAACAAGUGGUUUUACCAACCCACAGCAUCCCUGGCCGCCGUCUCGAACAACACAUACGCGACCAACGUGAUCGCCGCAUCGACGGAGGACCAGCAUGUGCUUCUCCUGAACUCGAUGACUGGGGCGGCGCUUCGCCAGGCCGCCACCUCAUCUGUGGUGACUCACCUCCAGUUCUCUUCGUCUGCCCUUCUCGCAGCAUCGCGAGAUGGGUUCAUCCGAGUGCACGACCCGCGCAGCGGCAUGCGGCGAGAAGACGGAGAGAGCCUGAUCCAGCCACAUACGACAGGGAUAGAGGAUAUUCAGACGUCUGGGAACUAUCUGUUUACGAUUGGAUGGAGCAUGAGGCGGGGUCAUGCUUUUCCUGAUCCUCUGGUAAAGAUGUACGAUAUUCGCAAUAUGCGCCCCCUCCCCCCAAUCCCUUUCUCGGACGGCCCAGCGUUCAUCAAUGUCCUGCCCAAGCAAUCUUCGAGUUUGAUUAUUACCUCCAAUCAAGGACUUGUCAACGUAGUUGAUGUUUCUGAUGUUGCUAAUGCCAGCAGUUUCAACCAGCUUGAGACAGGCUCGUACAUCACAUCCACCGCGGUAUCCUCCAAUGGGUCCUACGUUGCCUUCGGUGACGCAUCCGGCGCGAUUCACUUGCUUACCGCUACCGAAGAAAAUGGGGACCAAGAAACAGAACUGUUCAAUGGGUUUGAAGGGCAGCCCGCUGAGUGGGCGGAUGUACCAGAACCUGUGCCCGAGAUCACAUGGACCGAUGAAACACCUCUGAAUACAAUUGGCAUGCCAUAUUACAAUGAACUACUGCUCUCGUCAUGGACGCCUGCUUUGGCUACAUCACCCUGUCCACCGCCUACGAAGAUCCCACCACAAAUAUUGAGCACAAUGAAAACGAACGACAACGUCGCAUAUGCGGCUCUGCCAAAGGAGCUACGCGGUCGGCGGAAUCGCGUUGUGCAGACGCAAACUCGCGAGGCACGGUUUAGAAGUGAUAAACGGCGUAAUGAGUCUAUCGAUAUGGAGUCGCUCUCACUUGACGACAGCGCCGAAGAGGUACCACGUCUCUAUCGCAAGGUUGAGAUUGAGUAUUCCAAGUUUGGUGUUGAGGACUUUGAUUUCGGUUUUUACAACAAGACGCCAUACAGCGGUCUUGAGACCCAUAUCCUGAACUCCUACACCAAUGCGCUUGUUCAGGUACUCAACUAUUCUCCUACGGUCGCGCGGCUAGGGAGGUCGCACAUUACAACUAAUUGUCCCCGAGAACAAUGUCUGUUGUGCGAGCUCGGCUUCGUGGUGCGAAUGCUGGAGGAUGCUCGGGGUACGAACUGCCAAAGCAGCAACUUCUGCAGAGCUGUGGGACUGCUAGCACAUGCGCAAAACCAACUCGAACUCAUCGACUACGGCGGCGAACCGAACGAGAUUGACUAUGCACACAAGAUUCAGGCCUUCCACCGUUUCCUGGUUGAUCAUCUCUGUCUUGAGGGCAAUGCUUUCCCGCAUAACCCGGAGAUUGUCAAGCCAUCAAAUUCACCGUUUCAGUCCGAACUCCACUCGCCGACGCAGUCGCCUGCUGCAGCACCCAUCACGCAGCUCCUUGGUGUAGACGCUAAGAACGUCGUGGUGUGUACGAACUGCAAGGCCGUGCGCGAGAAGGAGAACAUGACGCACGUGGUGGAUAUGAUCUACCCCCGCAAACCGCUCCCUAAUGAGCCGAUUCCAGCAACUGACUUCGCAGGCAUCCUCCAGUCCUCGCUGGUCCGUCAGCUGUCCUACAAGGCGACGUGCCAGACGUGCAAGUCCUUCGCGACAUUCCUGUCCCAGCGCUCGAUCCCAACACGCGAUCUGCCUCCGGUGCUCGCUGUGAACGCGAGCGUGUACGGCGAGGACAGCCUCAGGUUCUGGAUGGGCGGGCCGAAUGGCGAGCCGGCGGGCGCGUGGGGGCGAGCGAGGAACGAGGGUGUGGGACGGGGAAGGAGGUUCCUCGAGGAGAGGGUCGAGAUUUGUGGGCAUGUUGAGGGUGUGGAUGAUCCGGAUACGGUCGAGUAUGAGCUCAGGGGUAUGGUGGUGCAGAUCACAGCGAAGGACAAGAGUUCGCACCUCAUUGCUAUCGUCAAGGUCCCCGACGCGAGAAGCGAGAGCCCGUGGUAUGUCUUUAAUGACUUCGUCGUUCGCAAUGUUAGCGAGGACGAGGCGUUGAGCUUCCCCGGGGCUUGGAAGGUUCCGUCCAUUCUGUACCUCGAACGCGUGGAUAUUCGCCCGAAGCUUGAUUUCAGUGGUCUGCCUGAUGGCCUGGACCCUUCGAUAUUAUGCCAGGACACGAACAUUUCUAUCAAUCGAGACCAAUCACUAAUUCAACACGAGUGCUUGAGGUUUGAGGAAUUACCUACGCCUGGCACGCUCGUUGCCAUCGACGCUGAGUUCGUCUCGAUGCAGCAGGAAGAAAUCGAGUAUCGCUCGGAUGGAACGAACCGUGUCCUACGUCCGGCGAGAUUAAGCCUGGCGCGUGUGUCGGUGCUUCGCGAGGGCGGUGUGCCCUUCAUAGACGACCAUAUCCACACUAGCGAGGCGAUCGUCGAUUAUUUGACCGAGUUCAGUGGCAUACGAUAUGGGGACCUUGACCCACGGCUUUCAAGACAUACUUUGACCCCUUUGAAGGUUGUUUACAAGAAACUCCGUUUGCUCGUAGACCGCGGGUGUAUCUUCAUUGGACAUGGGUUAUCGAAAGAUUUCCGGAUUAUCAAUAUCUUCGUGCCCCCAGAACAAGUGAUCGACACCGUUGACCUGUACUUUUUGCGCUCUCGCCAACGCCGUCUCUCGCUUCGGUUCCUGGCAUGGAUAAUGCUGAACAUACGCAUUCAAGGCAUCGAGCACGAUUCUGUCGAGGAUGCACGAACUGCACUGUCAUUGUUCCAAGCGUACCAGGAGCUCGAAGGCCGAGGCGAGUUUGAUCGAAAACUCGACGAAAUAUAUCGGGAGGGCAAGGCGACAGGAUGGCGACCACCGCCAGUAGAGGCUGUUGGAUCGGGUCUUGCUGGUGCCAUGACACCAACGACAUCGCCUCAGCGCGGGGGAACUCCUCACGGGACACCCCAGGGAUCUUUCGUUGGCGGCACAGGUUCAGGUGCCGUCAGCGGCGGUGUUGUUCUCGGUCGAACGCCAGGGUUAAGAGCGCUACAGGCUCAGGCUGGGUUUCCGUCUGCAGGGCAGCAGAUAGGGCACUCGCGAGUGUUUGGAAGUGGAGGUUUUGGACCUGGGCAGGGCGGAGGUGUGUUUGGAGGCGGCCAAGGCAUGCAGGGAUCAUUUGUAGCGCCGGGUCAGCAGAUACCUGUGAUGGGUGCGUUGCACGGUGCGUUUGCUGGCUUUAACGCCAAUUUUGGACCGGGAGGUGGAGGGGUGUUUGGGAACGGGUGGGGAGGCAGUGAGGAUGGCGGGUCAGGAAGGAGAUGA